AUGCAGGGAACAAGAUGGACGACAAUAAAUGCAAAAAUCGACAGAACAAGGAGAACAGUCUUUACAACUCCAAGAGAAACGGAAUUUUUAAAUGGCGAUAAUGUUAGAAAAAUUAAUGACAAAAUUUUGAUGUUAGUAGAGACUCGAAAUGUAAUUCCUAAAAAAAGGAAUAACGAUGAAACGUUGGAUCAACGAGUGGAUCCAUCGAAUAUAGCGAUGGUAAACGUUGAUAACGUGAAGGAUUUGGAAAAUUUAGAGCACGUUUUAUCUAUCGUGGAAUACGAGCCACGGAAGAUUAAUAAGAAAGAAAAAAGGAAAAUUGUGGAUACUUUUAAUGAUAAUCUUGAUACCAUAACUUACAGUAAUGAAAAUACAAAUCCAGUAACUCCAGAUGUUACCAGUCUCUACUACGAAGUACCACGAACUAUAGAACCCAAUAAAAUAACAAUAACUCCACAAUACGAUACUAGAGCCAACCAACACGCUCCAAAAUCACUGAAAACCGAGCAAAAUCCAAAAUCUCAAAACAGGGAGUACAAGUACCCAGUCACAACUUUCAAACGUAAAUCCUCUAGAAUUCAUAUGACGUCAAAUUCUUCUCCUACCACAUCUCCAAGUGAUAUUUCUUAUUCAACCAAAGCAAAUAAAAGGAAGAAAACACGUAAACGAAUGAAAAAUAAAUCUUUAACGAAGCAAGAAGCAUCUAGACUCUUAGAAAAUGUUGAUAAUUAUCCUAGGGCUGAAGAAUCGAUUAACGAUAAAGGUAAAAACAAAUCGAGGAAAUUGGGCUUGCAGAUCAAAUACAAUAUUGAGCCUAGACCAUUUUCAUCUGUGAUCAAAUCUGCUGAGAAAAGUCAGGAGAGUAAUUUAGAAAAAUUCGAUGAAGUAAAUUCUAACGUCUCUGAUAAAAAUUAUUCAAAUGCUAUGAAGAUCAACGAUGAUUACUCGAAAGAUUAUUCAAAGAUAGUGGAUCCAGUAAAAAUCUCUUCAUCUGAAUCGAAGAGAAAAUUAUACGAAGAAAAUUCUACAGUAAAGAACAAACCUUCUACAUCCACUGAUCGUAAUGAAUCCUUUAAAUCAAAUAGAGACAAUCCUUCUUAUAAAAAUGUUCAAACUACUGAGAGAGAUGAUUUCUUUGAGAGUGAAAGCUCGACAACAGUGACUCAAUCGUAUAAAAAUAUUCCAGCGAUUAUUGAUUCAAUGAAUCCAAUUGUAUCCACUCCAAUACCUUCCACAGAAUCCAAUCUGUAUUCCUCUAGUCACAUGUACUACUAUCCGCCAUUGUUGCCUACAAUGGCGCCACAGAGACAAUUUGAGGUAAAGUCCACUGUCGAAAAUGAAUCAAAAAUAGAUGAUUCGAACGAAGACAAAGAAAAUACGAAGGAAGACAAUGAAGAAAUUAAGAAAGCAUCCUCAGAUGACGUGACAGUGGUCACAACUUCCGAAAACGACGAAAACAGGAAAUAUGAAAUUCGUAAAGAUGAAGAUCAUCAGACUGAAGAUCGGCAGAAUAAUCGAAAAUUGCCUGAAACUGAAGAGGAUAAUUCUGAAAGGUAUAAAAAGUAUGAAGAUAAGGGAUACAGAAGAUACGCUCACAAGUAUAAUGAUAAAAUGGAGGAGGAGGAAGAGGAGGAUGUUGUAAGUGAUGGCACGCACGAUAAUGAAAGUCAUCAGAGUGUGAAGGAGGGUGCAGCAGAUGACGCAAGUGGGAAGGGUGGUGAGAAGAAAUUUGAGAAGGGUGGAGCCACGGAACAGGAACAGGAACAUCAUAAGAGCGAGGGUGAGAAGGGAAAGAAGGUCUAUAAGAGCUGGGACGAGAACGAGAAAGCCAAUAAGGGUCAUCAAGACAAGGAACGGCAGAGCAAUUAUUACGAUGAGAAGGAUGGCGAUGAGAAAGAGCACAAGGAAGAGGGUGGUUACCACGAGGAGCAUCAAAAGGACGAGAAAGGCGAGAAACAGGCGGAAUUCGACGAGAAGGGUGAGCAUCAAAAGGGUUACAAUACCAAAGGACAACACUCGGUGCACGAAAAGGACGAGUUCGAAAAGCGAACGGAAUUCUUCGACGAAUUUCACGAAGAUGGGGAUAUGGAGAAGGAAGGUGAGCUGUAUGGCGAGCACAAAAUGUCCAAGGGUGGCCAUUAUAAAUCGGGACACCAUAACGAAGGCGACGAGGAGGGAAAGUACGGUAAAGAAGGCAAGUACGCAAAAGGCGAUCACCAUUAUGAGGACAAAGGUUAUAAGGUUAACGAGGGCAAGGAUAGUCAUCACGAAUAUAAAAAUAUGCAUGGGGAAAAGAAAGAUCAUAAAGAUGGCAAGAAAUGGUCGUACAAGAAGGGUGACGAUGAAAAAGGUGGUGAGAAGAAUCAUUGA